CCUUGCAUGUCCAAAACUCAGCCUCAUUGGGACUGUUGUUGACAUGUCAUGAUGAGUUAACUUCCACUUUAAGUUCGUGAGUUUGAAAUAGAAAAAAAAUCUCACUGGCGUUGUUUUCUUUAUGUUUUUUGACACUUCUUUGCUUCCUGCAGGUGGAACGUUGGACAGAACGGCGCUCCAGCAGCAUGGCAGCCACCAUAUGUCCCUUCUACCACCUUUUCCUCUUCCUCCUCCUCUCCUUCCUCACACCUCAACCUGCCAUCACCCAGGACUCAUCCAUCGCCACAGCAACAGCAACAGACGGUGACCCUUACAUUGCCCCCACAACACCUAUCAACCAGACAUCUCUAAAUUAUGUUGAGCCCACUCAGAACACUCCUCCAGAGACAGGGCUGUCCACUCCCUCCAGCGGUGGAGAUGCAGACGACGAGGAUGUGCCUCCUGUCGGAGGGACACGUUGUCGAGGUUACUACGACGUGAUGGGCCAAUGGGACCCACCGUUCAACUGCAACGCCGGCGUCUUUCUGUACUGCUGCGGUACCUGCUUCUACCGCUUCUGUUGCCAGUUCCGUCAGCAGCGUCUGGACCAGAGAAUCUGCUCCAACUACGACACGCCCAUCUGGGCCAACACCGGCAAACCUGUGGCAGCCAUCACUGAGGGCCAGGAGGACGGGGACCGGGACAGCACACACCUCAUCGUCUACAUCAUCUGCGGCGUGGUGGCUAUCAUGGUGCUGGUGGGCAUCUUCACCAAACUGGGCCUGGAGAAGAGCCGAGGAGGAAGCGGAGGAGGAGGCACAGUGGGGGCAUCGCACUCUGACCUCAACUCCAGGACACUGACAGACCUGCUGAAGCAGCAGGGAGCCGAAGUGAGCACGGUGGAAAACGCCACGUCCAGUUCACCAAACGGGGGAAGAGCAAACGGUGUCUCCACCAGGAUGCUGCGCAGCAGGAGCGAACAGUACCAACUAAACAACUCUGCUUACGGGCAGAUCGGACAAGGGCUUCCUCACCCUCACAGCAACCACAGCGCAGUGGGACUCAACAAGUAUACCUCCCUCAAAGCCGUGGCACACAGUGCAUCUAAGAGCUACUACAAGAGCUACCCGCUCAUGGACUUCUCUCAAUACCAGCCUGUGGCACCUCCUACUUUCCAGCCUGUGCCAAUACAGCCCAAAGAGAAGUCAUACAUCCACCAGCAUGUGUCAGCCCACCACGACCUCCAAGCACCCCUGUCCAUCUCCAUCCCAUCCAGCCACCUGGAGCACUCGCAUCUUCCUAAGACCACCACACACCCAAUGCUUUCCACAUCAGCCUUCAGAGCCUGGGAGCCCACUGCCAGACAUGUCCACAGGCAGACCUCUGCCCCUGCGCACCCUAACUCAUCCUCCAUGCACGGCUCCAGCCGUAGACACUUCUACUCAACCCGGCGGCAGCAGAGCAUAGAGAACAUGCAAGAACUCUUUAACCAGCCCUAUGGAGGGAUGUACAGAGGAGCUGGGGAGGGGGCAAGGCAUGGGCAGCAUGUACAGGGACAACAUCUAUCUCAACACCCACCUCAACACCCAUCUCAACACGCACCUCAACACCCACCUCAACACCAACCUCAACACCAACCUCAACACCCAUCUCAACACCAACCUCAACCAUCCUACUACCACCAUGCAAGACAGAAGAGCUACUCCACCCACAGUACAACUGAGGUCACAGUCUGAGUGUCAAGGCUUCAAGAGCAACCUGCUGCAGUGCUAAAAUCACUGAUGAAGUUUGGGAAAGGCCAACCCAUGAGACAUACACAUUUACUAGAUGUGAAGAAGUGGUUUGAAAAGUGGGAACAGUAGGACUCGGAAGAAAAACAGGAAAGAUGUUACAUUAGAAAAUCUAACAAGGUUCCUUUAAACCACUCUCAGGCUCCUAUAGGUCACACAACCCUAACAGAUACUCAACCACUACAGUUUAGGUGUUACAGUGUGGUUUUGUUGUGGUUCAGCAGGCCUUAUAGGAAAAUGAAUAUGAGAACAGAGCAAAAAUGUAACUUACACCAGCUAUUAGAGCAGCUAGCAGACUUCAUUUUGUCUGUGGUGAGGGUUUUAAUAUUGGUUUCCUGUCAGAUGUGACAGGUAUGAAUAUUGAGUUUGUGUUAGCCGAGUAACUAUGAUUAGGUUAAGAUCAGUAGAUCUAUCUACAAAUAAAAAGCUGCCACAGGGGCAGGUUUGGUUUUUAA